AUGGAUAACCGAAACGUCGUCGUUUGUGACAAUGGAACUGGGUAUGUUAAGUGUGGUUUCGCGGGUGAGAAUUUCCCCACAUCGGUAUUCCCGUGCGUAGUCGGAAGGCCAAUGCUGCGAUACGAAGAAUCUCUCAUGGAACAGGAGCUCAAGGACAUUGUUGUUGGAGAUACUUGUUUAAAGUACCGGCAUCAAUUGGAUAUAUCUUAUCCUGUCAACAAUGGUAUUGUGCAAAAUUGGGAUGAUAUGGAACAUGUUUGGGACCAUGCAUUUUAUAACGAACUAAAGGUAGAUCCAAAAGAAUGUAAUAUUUUGCUAACAGAUCCACCUCUAAAUCCAUCUAAAAACCGUGAAAAGAUGGUUGAGACUAUGUUUGAGAAAUACAACUUUGCUGGUGUAUUCAUCCAAAUUCAAGCUGUUCUAACAUUGUACGCUCAAGGUUUACUGACGGGACUAGUCAUUGAUUCUGGUGAUGGGGUCACUCACGUGGUUCCAGUAGUUGAUGGAUACUCAUUUCCUCAUCUUACUAAAAGAAUGAAUGUAGCUGGGCGCCACAUAACAGCUUAUCUUGUUGAUUUGCUUCUUAGAAGAGGGUAUGCAAUGAAUAGAACUGCUGACUUUGAGACUGUUAGGGAUAUCAAAGAGAAGCUCUGCUACAUAAGUUAUGAUUACAAAAGAGAGUAUCAAUUGGGACUUGAGACUACUAUCCUCGUAAAGAACUACACACUGCCAGAUGGAAGGGUCAUUAAAGUUGGCACGGAGCGGUUUCAAGCACCUGAAGCUCUUUUUACUCCAGAACUCAUAGACGUUGAAGGAGAUGGGAUGGCUGACAUGGUAUUUCGUUGCAUUCAGGAAAUGGAUAUCGACAAUCGAAUGAUGCUCUACCAACAUAUCGUUUUGAGUGGAGGAAGCACGAUGUAUCCUGGAUUACCUAGUCGCCUUGAGAAAGAAAUUUUGGAUCGUUAUCUUGAAGUUGUUUUGAAGGGAAACAGAGAUGGGUUGAAGAAACUACGGCUGCGGAUAGAGGAUCCACCACGAAGAAAGCAUAUGGUGUAUCUUGGAGGCGCUGUUCUUGCAGGAAUCAUGAAGGAUGCACCUGAAUUCUGGAUUAGCCGGCAAGAUUAUUUGGAAGAGGGAGUUGCUUGUUUAAGCAAAUGUGGCCAGGCGUAA